UUCUGUCAAAAGAAAAAGAAAACUAAUUCAGACAUAGGCUAGUAAAAAAAAGUAAAAUAUAGAUAAACAAUAACAUAGUAAAAACAAUAAAACAAAACGAUGGUAGACCGGGUUGGUGGACAGCUUGCCGUAGCUGAACCUGACAGGCAAAGCUCAGGGUAAAAAGUGCACUGCAAGUCUAGCUUCUCACCUACUUCCUGUUUUACCUCAGUUACUUUUUGAAGUUCAGAGUCAGGCAGCAGAUCUGAGAAUGAGCAAACACUGGACAGUCAUGUUGGCUCAAAUGAACUGUCAUUCAUAAAAUGGCGUUUGUCAGAGGAGUUCGCGAGCAGUCUGAAGAUAUUUUUAUGAGCUAGACCGCGCUUCUUUUCUACGAUAAAGAGCUCCCCUGUAGCGACCCAGCAUCAUCAUUAUGCCCGAGCUGUCGAAAAUGAAGAAGCCCGACGUCAAGGUGGUCCUGCUGGGAGACAUGAACGUGGGGAAGACGUCGCUGCUCCACAGGUACACGGAGAGGAAGUUCAAAGACACUAUCAGCACCGUCGGAGGGGCGUUUUUCCUUAAGCAGUGGGGACCUUACAACAUCUCAAUAUGGGACACUGCUGGUCGCGAACAGUUCCAUGGGUUGGGCUCCAUGUACUGUCGAGGUGCUGCCGCUGUCAUCCUCACUUACGACGUUACCAACUGGCAAAGCUUAGCUGAGCUGGAGGAGCGCUUCCUGUCCCUGACUGAUACUGCCAACCACGACUGCAUUUAUGCCAUAGUGGGCAACAAGGCUGAUCUCACAGACCCUAACGCCCAGCUGUCCCAGGACUCGGAUGGAGUGUCUCAGGACCAAACUGAGUGUGACGAGGACAGGACAGAGCCACAGGUGCUGUCUGCCUGCCCAACACCCCCUGCCUCCCCUGCAUCCCUCUCUGGGAUGGUCCUGCACAAACAGGUUACCCAUGAGGAUGCAGUAGCUCUUUAUGGGAGAAUACUACGCUAUAAGGGCCUGGAGGAAAAGAGCAGCCUGCCUGCAGAGAAGGUGUGCUUCGAGACGAGUGCCAAGACAGGCUACAAUGUGGACACUUUGUUUGAGACAUUGUUUGACCUGGUGCUGCCUUCCAUCCUGAGGAAGAGAAACGAGAACCAGGAGUCUCCUACAGUUGACCUGGAAGAGUGCAGAGGGGCCAGCAGCAAGCGGGCCAAAUCUACCUGCUGCUAGAAACUGCCAAAAAGAGGCGGAGAGGCCACCGCACGCAGAGACUCGUUUUUAACAAAGGACAAUCAACAGGUCGGUCUGAGCACCAAAUACAUAAUGUGAUGGUACUACUUAUUUGACUUGACUCAGACCCAAUAGCAUAAAUGACCUCCCGGUAACACGCACGCACGCACACAUACAUUCUUGAUGCUAUGAAGAUGGUCGGAAAAAGCAACUGGUGUCCAGAGACAUUUCCUAUGUAAGGAAGAGAAAUAAAUGUAUUUUUUGUUAUCACUCUGAGCUUUUAAACCUCCCACGCUGCACUUGUAUCCCAAAGAUGUCUGUGAGCAGAUAAUACACAUAAAAAGUCAAUCACUGCUAUUUUUAAAUGUAAAUUUAUCAGCACUAAUUGUUAGUUGGGUGGCACAUUUCACUAGAUGAAGUUUUCAUAAAUCAGACGUAUUUGAUUUACUUUAAUGUUUUGUUACUAGCAUUGAUACUGAUCUUUAUAUUUUAUUUCCACUUUUGGAACUUUUCAAUGAGUGUAAAUAGUAAAUACCCCUGUUGAAUUUUUACAUAUGUUGUCAUAAUAAAGAUUUUUAUUUUGCAA